GAAGCAUCAGCCAGGGGCAAGAGCGAACGAGGAGCAACCGAAACAAACCCCGUCGUUUGUCAACAGCUCCUUUGCAAAGGAAACCUGAGAGCAGCCCCUGAAAGACAGCAGAGGAUUCCGGAGCCUUUGUGCUUCCCUCGCCGGGGCUUAUGCUGAACGUGGUCUAUCCGAGUAAGGAUCAAAGCCCAGGUAUAUGGAACCAUAUGAAAAGAAGCUAUAGACAGAAUUGUAGUUCAGCUUCCUACAUGGGAGAGCUUCAGAAAUGGAUGAAACUUUCUGAAGAGGGCCCAACCUGACUUUUUACCUAAAUUCAUUCACCUAAAAACUCUGGCUUUGUUGCUGCGCCCUUUUCAGGAUGGCCGAAAAGGCUCCUCCAGGGAUAAACAAAAAGUCUUCUAGGUCUACUCAGUCCCUGCCACCAGAACCGGUCGAGAUAAUCAGGAGCAAAUCAUGUUCAAGGAGAGUCAAAAUCAAUGUUGGUGGACUCAACCAUGAAGUUCUAUGGAGGACUUUAGAUAGACUUCCACGGACACGAUUAGGGAAACUCAGAGACUGCAAUACUCAUGAAUCCUUACUAGAAGUAUGUGAUGAUUAUGAUCUCAAUGACAAUGAAUAUUUCUUUGAUCGACACCCUGGUGCUUUCACGUCUAUUUUGAAUUUCUACAGGACGGGAAAACUACAUAUGAUGGAGGAAAUGUGUGCCCUCUCUUUUGGCCAGGAGCUAGAUUACUGGGGGAUUGAUGAAAUAUAUUUAGAAUCUUGUUGCCAGGCAAGAUACCAUCAGAAGAAAGAACAAAUGAAUGAAGAAUUAAGGCGAGAGGCUGAGACUAUGAGAGAAAGAGAAGGGGAAGAGUUUGAUAAUACCUGCUGCCCAGAUAAAAGGAAAAAACUGUGGGACUUGCUGGAGAAACCCAACUCCUCUGUGGCUGCAAAGAUUUUGGCCAUUGUAUCCAUUUUGUUCAUUGUACUGUCCACAAUUGCAUUAUCACUCAACACUCUACCUGAGCUUCAAGUAACUGAUGAAUUUGGACAGCUAAAUGACAAUCCCCAGCUAGCACAUGUAGAAGCCGUGUGUAUAGCUUGGUUUACUAUGGAGUACCUUUUGCGUUUCCUAUCAUCUCCAAACAAGUGGAAGUUCUUCAAAGGUCCACUAAAUGUGAUUGAUUUGCUGGCCAUUUUGCCAUAUUAUGUCACUAUUUUUCUCACCGAAUCCAACAAAAGUGUGCUGCAGUUCCAAAAUGUCCGCCGUGUGGUUCAAAUAUUCCGUAUCAUGAGAAUACUAAGAAUCCUUAAACUUGCCAGACAUUCUACAGGCCUUCAGUCUUUAGGAUUUACUCUCAGGAGGAGUUACAAUGAAUUGGGUUUGUUGAUAUUAUUUUUAGCAAUGGGAAUUAUGAUAUUUUCCAGUCUUGUGUUUUUUGCUGAGAAGGAUGAAGAUGCUACAAAGUUUACAAGUAUUCCUGCAUCAUUUUGGUGGGCCACCAUCACUAUGACAACAGUAGGUUAUGGUGACAUUUAUCCUAAGACUUUACUUGGUAAAAUAGUUGGAGGGUUAUGCUGUAUUGCUGGAGUGCUAGUAAUAGCCCUGCCCAUUCCUAUCAUAGUAAAUAAUUUCUCAGAAUUCUACAAAGAACAAAAACGGCAGGAGAAAGCCAUUAAAAGAAGAGAGGCACUUGAGCGGGCAAAAAGAAAUGGAAGCAUUGUCUCAAUGAAUCUAAAAGAUGCCUUUGCUCGCAGCAUGGAUCUGAUAGACGUAGCUGUAGAUUCCAGCAAGACUGAAGAAGCAGCCAACCCAAAGCAAACCCCUGAUGAUAAUCACCUGUCUCCAAGUCGGUGGAAAUGGGCCAGGAGGACAAUAUCUGAAACAAGUUCUAAUAAAUCCUUGGAGAAUAAAUACCAAGAAGUGAGCCAGAAAGAUUCCCAUGAAAAGCUAAACAACACUGCAGUAUCCUCCAGUCCCCAACACUUGAGUGCUCAAAAACUCGAAAUGUUAUACAAUGAAAUUACUAAAACUCAAUCUCAGCCUAAUCUUAAUGCCAAUUACCAAAAUCCAUCAGCAAAACCUUCACUCUGUCAGGAGGAAAUAGAAAUGGAAGAGGUUACUGGGCCAGAAGAACCGUUAGUAUCAGGACCCAGACAUGUAAUAACAGACAUGAGAAGCAUUUCUAGCAUUGACAGCUUUGCCAGCUGUGCCACUGAUUUCACGGAGACAGACCGGUCUCCAUUCCCUCCUUACUCUGGGUCUAAUCUACAGCUCCGGUUCUCACUCCCAAGUGAAUCUAUCCAUUUAGAAGACCAAAGAGCAAAGAGUUCUCAGCUUUUAUCACUCUCCAGAGAUAAAAUACUUUCCCCCAGAGACAUGACUUUUGAAUACCCUACUAAUGCUGGUACGAACACUGGCUCCCAACCUCUGCUUCAAGGUAAUUUCCACUUUGACAGUGCUAUGGAUAGUCCAAAAAGUUCUCUAAAAGGAAGUAAUCCAUUAAAAUCAAGGUCCCUUAAGGUUAACUUCAAAGAAAACAGAGGCAGUGCUCCACAAACACCACCUAGCACUGCAAGGCCAUUGCCAGUGACAGCAACAGCAAGCCUCGUUCAAUCUACUCCUCAGCAUAUCAGCACCAUUCUUUUAGAAGAAAAUUCACCUCAAGGAGAAAGACCCUUGCUUGGUGCUGAUAUGUCAGUUCUUUGCCAGGGAGCUUCCAAGACAUCAUCCCCUCUGUUUCCCAAACAAAAGCUUUUUACUUUCCCUUCCAAGGAGAGGAGAAGCUUCACUGAAAUAGACACUGGAGAAGACGAUGGCUUCAUGGAGAUUCCUGGCAUAAGACAUGAAAAGCAGGAGGACAGCAAGACAAAUUGCUUGGGGAAUAAACACAAAGAUGACAAUCAUUUAACAGAAGAGCCUCUGGUCAGAUCUUCAUCUCCCAAAAGCUUGGCUCACAACUGUACUGAAGACAUUUAUCAUGGUGGGGGGGAAGUAAAAGCAGACAAUAGCCAAGAAGGACAUAAAAUGGAAAAUCACUUGUUUCCCCCAGAAAUCCAUACAAAUCCUGGUGAAACUGGUUACUGUCCCACACGGGAAACCAGCAUGUGACUAGUUAUAAGAGCAAUAAUCACAAAAACUCAUUUCUUAUUGCAGUUAGUAAUGCCUGUGAACUAAAACAUGGCAAAGCCUCAAAAGGACAUAAAAUGUUAUUUUUGCAUGGCAUGAAGAGUUGUUUAGUUUAAGUACUGUUUCAUUUAAAAGUGGGAAUCUGCUUUUUGUAACAAAAAAGGGGGAUCAGGAAAAGUAUGACAGAAGAACUUUGAGUAAAAUAAAGAGCUCUGUUAGGAGCCUCUCUUCUGCAAUGUCUGACAUUUUUGAUCCUUUCAUUUAAGACUGUAGAAUGGUUGUUUUUUUAAAAAAAAUCUCUUAACUUUUUUCGCUCCUAGUUAUAAUGAACUUUGGAAUUUGCACACAAAAGGAAAAAAUGUCAAUGCAUGUGUUUAUAAGGGUAUGAAAUAAGGUGCUUUGAGCUUGCAAAAUGCAUAUAUUUGUAAAUAAUUUGGGUUUCAGGGAGAGACCUACAGUUAUCAAGGGUCUGUGGACAACAUGUUUCCUGGAACACAGGCACUUCCUUCACAGUCCGCUGCCUGGAGGAUUUGUACAGACUUGUGUUGCAAACUUGCAACUUCUUAAAGCAUCUCAACCUAUCUUCCUUUCUGUUUGAAAGCUCAUUAAACAUAAACUACAGCGUUUUACACCUCAUUGUGAACUAAAUCAUCACUUCAGUUAUUUUUAUUUACACAGUCUUCACUCAUGUUGGUUUGGAUAAACCCCUGUUAUCGAUGGCACAGGAUUUAAUGACCAGAAAUUGAAAAUUUGCCAAAGUCAAAACAAAAAAAAGGCAUUGCACAUUAUAUAACAUAAUUAUUUUGAUGGCAAUAAAAUGUGCCAAAUGGUCAUGGAAAGUUUUAUAUUAAAACUUAUAGCUGUUUAUUGCAGGCAUGAUCAU